AUGGAAAUGACUGGCCAAGGGAAAACCAGCAGCAAAGCUCGUUCCAAGCCCAAAUCUUGCUCAUCCCGGGUUGGUCUGCAGUUUCCGUGUGUGGGCCGUGUCCACAGGCUCCCGAGAAAGGGAAACUAUGUGGAGUGGGUGGGUGCUGGAGCCCUGGCCUAUCUGGCUGCUGUUCUUGAGUAUCCGAUGGUUGAAAUGCUUGCGUUGGCCAGCAACAUGGCCCGGGACAACAAGAAGUACUACAUCAUCCCCAGGCACCUGCAGUUGGCCGUUAACAAUGACAUGAAACUCAACAAACUGUUGGGAGAGGUGACCAUCGCUCAGGGCUGGGUGCUGCCCAAUAUCCAGGCCAUGCUGUUACCCAAGAAAACCAGCAGUGUCAACAAGUGA